AUGAUGUGGUUAUCAUGGACUUCUUUUCUUGCUGUCGUUGGCGCUGUUAACGGGAUACCGUCAAGGCCUUCUGAUAGUUCGUAUGAUUUUGGCUACGAGCGCAAUGCCUACGGGCCACAUCCGUUAACAGUGUUCAAGUCUGCCACGCAACUAGAAGUACCUAAGCUCGACGUAUUGCAGUCAAGCAAAGCAUGCGACUCGUCGCUAUACACUCUUCUAACUCCCCGAGGUGGUGCUACUCGUGAGCCUCAAGCAACUAUUCUCGACAGCAACGGCGAUUUAAUAUGGACAUCCGGGUGGAAUAGACAACAGUUAUAUAACUUAAUGGUGCAAGAAUACAAAGGGGAGAAGUACUUGACCUUCUGGGCUGGGGAUGAUGCAGUUGGCGGACAUGGUGCUGGUACCAUCAUAAUGUUGGAUAAAACAUAUUCUCUAUUCAGAGAAGUUGGAGCGGCUUAUGGGCUCGAUGCAGACUUACACGACUUCCGAAUCACCAAAGCCGGAACUGCCCUAAUUACAGUCUAUAAUGUAGUCCAACGAGAUCUUACCGAAGUUGGAAAGACUCACAUCGGACCGUUAUGGGAUUGUGUGAUUCAAGAAAUCGAUCUUGAGACAGGGUUAGCCAUAUUUCAAUGGCAGGCGUUAGAUCAUUGGAACUUGGCCGACAGUUACAGGGAGAUCGGUGACGACGGAGAGGGCGACCGUGCGUACGACUUCUUCCAUAUGAACAGUAUAGACAAAGACUCCAGGGGAAACUACCUCACUUCAAGUCGCUACAUGCAUAGUCUGACAUAUAUCAACGGCACCACCGGUGAAGUAAUAUGGGUUCUUGGCGGUAAGAGGAACAUGUUCCAAGAUCUUUCGAAUGGUACUGCGACGAACUUCGCUUACCAGCAUGAUGCGCGAUGGUCUGGUAAAGAUACAAUCACCAUUUUCGACAAUGGAGUCGACGAUGUUCAUCGCGACAUAGCACCGACUCGCGGUCUGAAACUGAAAAUUGACGAGAAAGCCAUGACCGUGUCGGUUGUUGCGGAAUAUUUCAACCCGCACAAGAUCCAUGGUAUAUCUCAGGGGUCUUUUCAAUCACUCCCCAAUGGAAACGUGCUUCUCGGCUAUGGCAACUCUGCAGCAUUUACAGAGUUCGCUAGCAACGGUGACGUCCUCUGCGACACGCAUUUCGGACCCGAGAGCAGGUUUGGGACGGCGGAAGUCCAGUCUUACCGGGUGUAUAAGUACGAAUGGCAUGGAAUGCCGAAGACGAGUCCCACAUCAGCUAUCCGAAAGAACAGCGGAAGGAAUUGGAGCUUCUACGUUAGCUGGAAUGGGGCAACCGAGGUCUCUCAGUGGAUUCUUCAGGGGGCUGAGGACCUUAACGUCACUGACGGCAACUGGAAAGAGCUGAAUCGAACGGAUCGUCUGGGAUUCGAAACGGAAUUCGAAAUACUUAAGCCAUAUCCUCGGUUUUUAAGAGCGAUAGCAGUGCAUACCGAAGGAUACAUGCUGGGUGUUAGCGAACCGAUUCGUGCGGAACAGAUGGAAGACCAGUUAAAACCUACCGGUAUCUUGAGCUACAUGGAUGGUGAAGGUCUAUCAACUCAGCUUGUCAUUAUAGCUGGCUGUGCUCUCGUUAUCGCCGUUUGUCUGUGGAUAGGAAUUGUAGCUUGGAAUAAUAGGCCGACAGUUUAUUGGCAAUUACCAACUGUACCAAAUUAGCAUUUUUUAUAUAUACAAG